ACGCUCAGUAGCCGAGUUCAGUCGAGCCAGCGCCGUGAUCGGAGUUGGGAUAGUGACUGGCGAACUGUAUCCCGAGCAGGCGUAACAGCUCUCGGCGUUCUAGUCGCUCCCAUAAUCACGCGCACACGUUAAUAUUAAUUUUAGUCAGCUGGCAGACCGAGUAUUCUCUCUUGUUACGAUCGUGACCUCCCGCACACGCCACUGUCGUGCUCGUGUUCGCUUAUUCGUGCACGUAGAAUUCGUCGUUACACGUUAACUGUCCCCGACCGUGAUUGACUCGAACGUCGCGAAGGCCUUUGUCGUUUUUUUGCGGUGCCGCUACAGACACGGCAGUGAAAAUGCGGUAGUGACAGUGGAACAAACCAGAGACAGGGAGAAUAAGGGAAUCCCUGACUUCGUUUUGGUAGGCGCGAGGACGCCACGAGUUUACUCGAGAAAAUCGAAGUGAACGAAAUUAAGGGAGAAGGGGCUCCUUGAAGCCAGGGCCGGGAGUUAUGACAAGCUCGUGUGUUCGAGGACGAAGAAUAUACGCGCAUGUGUCCAGUGGGAUUUAGUGCCGGCGACAAAGCAUUUUUUCCAGACCUGGAUACCUUGCUCUCGACACCUACGGGACCUGGAUUAUCUCAUGUCAGGAUGGCGCUGGCGCGUAUUGCGGUGAGCGACUGUGCGCCUCAAACGUCGCGGGUCAGCUCAAACUUGCACAGCAGCAGUAGUAUGGCAGUAAGCCGUGUACCAAGCCCUCCACCACCGGAAGUGAACACCCCCGUGGCCGAAAAUUGGUGUUACACACAGGUCUUAUGUGCACAGGUGAAGGUGGUUAAGUUCAGCUACAUGUGGACGAUAAAUAACUUCAGCUUUUGCCGGGAGGAAAUGGGAGAAGUGCUAAAGUCAUCUACCUUCUCAGCAGGGGCCAACGAUAAAUUAAAAUGGUGCCUAAGAGUGAAUCCUAAGGGUCUGGAUGAGGAGAGCAAAGACUACCUAUCUCUGUACCUCCUCCUCGUUUCGUGCAACAAAUCCGAAGUCAGAGCAAAGUUCAAAUUUUCUAUUCUUAAUGCCAAAAGAGAAGAAACCAAAGCAAUGGAAAGCCAACGUGCUUACAGGUUCGUCCAAGGUAAAGAUUGGGGUUUUAAGAAGUUCAUUAGGAGAGAUUUCCUGUUGGACGAAGCCAACGGACUCUUGCCCGACGAUAAACUCACGAUAUUCUGUGAGGUAUAUACCUUUGUCAGCGUGGUUGCGGAUAGCGUGAACAUUUCUGGACAAAGUAAUACUAUACAAUUCAAAGUGCCCGAGUGUCGAUUACCGGACGACCUUGGCCUUCUGUUCGAAAACCAAAAAUUCAGCGAUGUUACGCUGACGGUGUGCGGGAGAGAAUUUCAGGCGCACAAAGCCAUCCUUGCGGCGCGAAGUCCCGUGUUUUCGGCGAUGUUCGAGCACGAGAUGGAAGAAAGGAAACAGAAUCGCGUGGACAUUACUGACGUGGACCACGAGGUAUUGCGGGAGAUGCUGCGAUUUAUAUAUACCGGGAAAGCAGCGAAUUUGGAGAAGAUGGCAGAUGAUCUACUCGCCGCGGCGGAUAAGUACGCAUUGGAAAGGUUGAAAGUCAUGUGCGAGGAAGCGUUGUGCACAAGUUUAGCAAUCGAAAACGCAGCCGACAUUCUGAUCCUCGCUGAUCUCCACAGCGCCGAUCAACUCAAGGCACAAGCCAUAGAUUUUAUUAAUACACACGCGACGGACGUGAUGGAUACGGCGGGUUUCAAGUCGAUGGUGAACUCCCAUCCGCAUCUCAUAGCGGAAGCGUUUCGGGCGUUAGCGACCCAACAAAUUCCACCGAUCGGACCGCCCAGGAAGCGAGUUAAACAGAGCUGAAAACAGUCACCGUUGACUCCGGGCACAACCUCCACAUCGCCCCCGCCUAUUCUGCAUCCUUCAUGACUUAUUUGUGUACAGUGAUACAAGUAGUGCUAAAUAAAUGUUUCCUAGUGCGCGCCAUCCUCUGUGGUCCACUUGAGAAAGGAAUCAUCGACGAAAACUGGCCUUCGUUGUCGGUUUUCGGAACGAUAAAUGAUAUAUCGUCCUAUCAACGGCGUUGCAGCCGACGAGUUGAAACCACGAGUUCGAGAUGAGGAACGCGGUUAAACUUAUGGCAGACUUUGUUGUAAUUCGGGAAGUUUUUCGACGUUUGCGAAGAAACCUAUCACGGAGAAGAGGAAACAAAACAAGAUCAAUGGAAACGGAAUAAACCUUGACGAGUUUGUAACGCAACUGGUUUUUAAACAGAAUUCUUUUGGUACUUUGUAUUGUGCGUGACGUAAAGGUUCUCGUGUGUGAGAGGAACGUAUGUUUUCAUCCUUCCAAAUGGAAACACCUUGUCAGCUAUUUGCGCAUCAUUAGGAUCUCGACGAAUGAAUUUAUUUGCUCUCGCUUCUACGACGUGGAUCGUUGAAUGUUUGGUCAAAAAUCAUUCACGCGGCGACAAGGAAGACAUGAGGAGCACAACGAGAGAGGACCAAGGCGAGAUUGAAGCUCGCUGAAACAUUGCUACACGUACAUGCACAUACUUAUACGCGAGAGGAAAGAGGAAAUACCGCACGCAUGCACGAAGGAAGUUGUGAUAGAUGUCGACCAGACGAUCAAUUUUGUUCCUUUGUCUAAGAGAAAAAAGAAAAGAAAAUGGGUCAAAUGAGACUUACACCUUGUUUGUUUGUUUGUUUGUCGCAGAAACAGGCGACAAAGAGAAAUUAGAUAUGUUUAUUACGGAUAGUGAUUUUUAAUUUUAAACAAGAAUUAACAAAGGAAAAAAAAUCGUCGAAUUCUUCCAAGAACGAAGAAGAAAAUGAUUCUAGUUAGUGUUUUUUAUGAUCUCUUUCUCUCAACAUGUACGACUAGUACUAUGAUUACUAUUAAUGCUAACGCAAUCUGUGCCCCGUAUUUUUGUAUAUUUUUUGUCUGCAGAUUACCGCCCUUACGCCCUUCGAUCCAACAUGCGGCCUUUCUUUUUAUUUUCUGACCCUCUUUUUGUCACUAGGCACAGUUUGUUUUGUUUUUCUCGAGUAUUGCAUAGUAGCUGAAGUGAUAGAUUCGAAUUAUUAUUAUAUUAUUAUAUUAUUAUUAUUCUAUUGUAUUAAAUUUAGGGUUGUCCAUAAUUUAUCGAAUUUUAUGUUGCUUUAUUAUUGAACUUGUUUAUCAGGACCCAUGCACAGGAUACAUGGGAAUUUGUAUUAAUCAGAGAAUGAUCGCAAAAGGUAUAGAAGAUAAAAUUAAUGAGAUGUACGAUGUUAAUUAGCGAACAAAAAAUCAUAACACCGAGAAAAAGAAGCCAAUCUAGCGAGAGACACAAGAAAAACAAAAAAAACCAUUAAAUGAAAAUGUGUAAAAUAAAAAAAAGUUAGUCAAUUAUAUAGUACGAAAAUAUUAAUCGUUUUUUGUGUAAUUACUUAUCAAGAUCGGAAAGAAUUGUGUGGUCAAUGAUCUGAAAUUAUGGGCAACCGGAAAACUGAGAACACGCAAAACAAUAAUCAUCAUUUAGUACCGUACUGGCUUCCUGAUCCUCCGACCUAGCUUUACCGAACGUUUUAAAUACGAGAUAAAUAACCGUAUCCAUUAAAAUGGAGUAACGAUAUCGAAGAUUUAAUGCCAUACAUGUUCUGUGAUAAGACCACUGUAAUUAACCGCAAUUGUAUCACAACCUUUCUAGAACUUUCUGACGAUCCUGGCAGCCAGUGAAUUUUAUCUUUUAAGGAAACGGUCGCUAUAUCCGGACAGUCCCAAAUCUAGCGUCCCUUUCGAUUUUAAGGUUUUUACUGUACAUAUCUAUUGUAUUUUAUAAGAACUGAACCGAAACGGAACCAUACUUUUAACGAAGUGUACAAUAACCAACUAUAAUUUAUUCUAUUUUACAGACUGUGCUAAACUCAUGUUCCUUGAAACACACUAGCAAUGCUUUAAGUAAAUGUAAUUGUAAUUACGACAAAUUAAUACGAUUAGAUUGUAUAUGUGUGUAUCCCGUACUUUUUCAUCUCGACACGUGCGCGCAUUCGCUUGUACAGAUUGCGUUUCUGUCGGGAUAAAAAAAAGGGGGAAGAAAAUGAAAACUCCUAUGGAAAAAUAGUUAGGGAAGGUUUUUCCACUGUUUUUUACACGAUGUUUAUUUCAGUCGUAGUAGAUCGUUAGGGCUUAAAAAGAUGAAACGACAAAACGGAGUAAAGAAUAACGGGAAACCGGAGGAUACACAAAAUAUUAUAAGCAGUUUAAGGAACAGAUUUUGGCCGUGUGUGCUCGCUCGGAUUUUAAUGUCAAAAUGAAAUAAGGAAAGAUAAGGAACGAGAAAAUUGUCUACGUCCAUUCUACUACCCAUAUUCUAUCUUUGGGACUGUGCGGCGAAAAAAAAAAAUAUCUCAUGAAAAUCGUAAUGUUGAAUGUCUUUUUCCUAAGAGAAAAACAAAAAACGAUACUAAAUAUUAAUAUCGUAUGACAGUUCGAGAAUUAUUAGAUGCAAUUCUUUUUUGAACCAAUCUGCAUGAGCGUAUGACUGGAUAAUUUGAUAAACUAAGUACAAGUAAGACAAGUGUUACCUCAUCAUGAAAACCAGCAUGUUCGUGUCGCACUAGCUAGCUACUACUGCGUCGCUGUCUGAUACACUUCCGUUGUAUAUUGCAUUUAAACUCGAGGAAACAAAAGAUGAGAUGAAAGGUAUGAAGCUUUUUGUAACGAAUUCAGCAGUAGUAGCUUCCGAAGUACAUGACUGCUGUUCAUCGAAACCCAGCUCAUACAAACGUUCAUUUUUCCAUUUACUUUAAGUCAUUGCACCACAUCAAAUAAAUGACAUUUUCAUUAUAUAAUCAUGA